GCUUGGCCAAGAACACUGAUUCCAUCUUUGAACGCAAUCACUGUUAUAAAAUGGACUAAACCUCCAGGAACAACCCGUCUCUCCCUUUGAUUCUAACAGUCACUAUCUUGAGACUAUUCACACCAUGGGUGUCCUUACCGCGGAGUUGCGCGAAGUCGCCGGCUCUCUCGUUCGUCGAGCUGACGCUCCUGCCCAGGCUGGAAUCUUUUCUGGCGAUAACCCCGCUGAAUACAAUGUCAAUGAUCCCAUUCGUCUAUGGGUCAUCCAAGUCGUGAUCAUCAUCGGGAUGACCCAGCUCCUUUCCCUUUUCCUCUCGCGCAUCCGUCAACCCAGGGUUAUAGCAGAAGUCAUAGGAGGUGUAAUCCUCGGCCCCUCUAUCAUGGGUCGUAUCCCAAACUUCUCCAAUACUAUAUUUCCUAAGGACUCUCUUCCUAUGCUCAAUCUCACCUCCACUAUCGGACUCGUACUGUUCCUGUUCCUUGUUGGUCUAGAAAUAGACGUUCGCAUGGUAAAACGGAAUGCGAAGGCGUCAAUGAUCAUCUCUGCGGCUGGCCUUAUCGUUCCACUAGGUCUAGGAGCUGCGCUGGGAGUUCCAAUCUAUAACCAGUUUAUCAGUCCAGAUGUCAACUUUGGUUACUUCGUCCUCUUCACCGCUGUUGCAAUCGGAAUUACUGCCUUCCCUGUCCUCUGUCGUAUCUUGACCGAGUUGAAGCUUUUGGAUACCACAGUUGGAGUUGUCGUCCUAUCCGCAGGCGUUGGGAAUGAUGUCGUGGGGUGGAUUCUCCUUGCUCUAACAGUCGCUCUUGUCAAUGCCGCAAAUGGGCUGACUGCUCUUUGGGUUCUCCUGACUGCAGUUGGAUACGUUAUAUUCCUCUUGCUGCCUGUUCGAUGGGGAUUCCAUUGGCUCGCUCGUUGGACUGGUAGUUUGGAGAACGGUCAGCCCACUGCUAUGAUGAUGACCGUCACUCUGCUUUUAGUCUUCAUCUCUGCAUUCUUCACUGACAUCAUCGGCAUUCAUGCCAUCUUCGGCGGUUUUCUUGCUGGUCUCAUCAUCCCACAUGAGAAUGGCUUCGCCAUCUCUUUGGUUGAGAAGCUUGAAGAUUUAGUUUCGAUUCUUUUCCUGCCAUUGUACUUCGCUCUUUCCGGUUUGCGUACGAACUUGGGUUUACUCAACAACGGUAUUACCUGGGGAUACGUUGUUCUCAUUUGUGUCAUCGCAUUCUUCUCCAAAUUCCUCGGGUGUGGCAUUACGGCGAAGCUCUUCGGGUUCAAUUGGCGCGAGUCAGGCGCUAUCGGUGCUCUCAUGUCGUGCAAGGGUUUGGUCGAACUUAUCGUCCUCAAUGUCGGUCUACAAGCCGGAAUCCUGGAUACGCGAACAUUCUCCAUGUUCGUGUUGCACGCGCUCGUCCUCACAUUCAUGACUACGCCUCUCACACUUCUCCUCUACCCUGCCAAGUACCGUGUUCAUUCCGGUACUGUCCAUGAUAAACCGACUAAGCACGGAGGUGUCGAAAGUGGCAACGUCUCCCCGCCCAUGUCCCAGGAAACCUUCAUCACAAAGGUCGCAGUCGUAUUGGACAAGAUUGAACAGCUACCUACCAUCAUGACGUUGACACAACUGUUGCAAUACUCCGCAACCCAUGUCCCUCCCCCCAAAUACAGCAUCGAUCACUCCACGUCGGAGGAUGAAAAGGCCUCGCAGGUAGCUCCCAGUCUGACAUACAAUAGUGACGCCACUGCGCAAUCGCCGGUGUCUGUCGAUGCACUCCGUCUUAUUGAAUUGACCGAUCGUACCUCUGCCGUCCUCAUGUCUCAAAAUGCCGAUUCACUGAUCCGCAGCGACCCCGUUCUCUCAGUCAUUCGCACCUUCGGAUACCUCAACCGCAUGAUUGUGACAACUGCGCUGUCUGUCGUCGGCUGGGAAGAAUUCCCGUCGUCUGUCACUACCCAUGUCAAGCAGUCCAACGCGCAGAUGGUCAUUAUACCCUGGAGUAGCGGAUCUGUCUUCACCGAGAAUACUGAAAAUGACAACGCAGCAGAGGGAUCGAAUGCCGCUACUCCAGCUGGUACGCCUGGCAACCCAUUCGAAGCCAUGUUCGGCCAGAAACAGUCGGGGCAGAGUUCAGCUGUCGUUCACACGCAGUUCAUCCGUAAGAUCUUCACGGAUACACCGGCGGAUGUUGCAUUGUAUGUGGACCGUGGACUACCGCAAACGUUGGAGGGACAGGGUGGUCAACAUAUUUUCCUUCCGUUUUUCGGUGGACCGGAUGAUCGUCUUGCGCUACAAUUUGUUGUGCAAUUGUGCAUGAACCCAAGCAUGAGUGCAACUGUUGUGCGGUACACUAAGGUCGAAUCCAAUGACCUUUCACCGAUGAGCACGAUUGAGCACGCGAAGGCCCAACAUAUUUUGAAUACGAGUAUCCUCAACACUACCUUUGGCGACACUGCGUACGGUGCCGGAAAUACCCAGACCCGCCUUCAGUCCGAUACCACUGACAACCUGCUCUGGGAGCGUUACUCGAAUAACGCAAGCCCAGAGGUUGCGGACGCGCUGCACAGGGUCAAUUUUGAAUGGGAAAGGUCUAGCAAGCCUCUUCAUGCAGUCUUGGAUGCUGCUUCGCAAACCAUCAACCACAGGAGUCGAGAGAACCUCCGAGUCGUGGUUGUCGUUGGCCGGUCAUGCAGGAUGGCUUUGGAAUCUCACACGUCUGAAUUACGUGAGUUAAUUAUUGAGCGGAGUAUCUCUAUGGGGUCAGAUGUAGCGAAGACUCUUGGUCCUCUUGGUGCUGCCUUUGUGGCGACCAACGCCAACACGAGUUUGUUGGUUCUUCAGGCUAGCCAUCACUGAGUAUAGCCUAUGUUGCGGAUGGUUACGACUUUUUAUGAUUCCUUUGCUUCUUCUAUCUGUUGUAUAUUCAUUCUUUGUUCUUCGUUGUUCUUGUACACUAUGUAUCCUUUACACUACCUUCAUUCUAUUGGACUCUGGAUUUUUGCGGAAUACAACGACGUACAAUGUUGCUCGAUCAGGUGACCGUGAAUCGCGGAAACGUCCUAUUUGGUCGUUCUUGUCUCUUGUCUUUGCCUCAGUUGUCUCCUUGUGCCACUCACAUCCUAGCGUUUCCACGUCAAGUCACUUUCCGUUGCCUUCGAGGUUUCAUAUUC